UUCCGCCGCCCACAACUAACGCAGGCCCCAGCGCCCUGCGAUUUUGGUCCUUCGUCGCCUCCUGUUGACACCAGCCCGCAACACUCCAGGCGGAUCAUCUUCAUCAACCACAUAAGUACCCAAAGCCCAAAUAAAGCCGCGUGAAUGGAUUCAGCACCCACACCAGCACCAAGAACUUCACUCCGCUCGCAGGUGUUUGUGGCCGCUAGCGACCGCGGGGGGCGCCCAAGCCCUGACUAUCAGAAGUGCCGAGUUUGCGCGCGUCACCACGCGCUACGAACAUGCCCGCUCUUCAGAAGGAUGCAGCCAGCGCAGCGGUACUUGUUGGCGCGGGCCCAUAACUACUGCACCAACUGUCUGGCACUGUCGCACGCUACCAGCGAAUGCACAUCCCAGAUCACGUGCAGGAUAUGUGCACUGCCGCACCACACGAUGCUUCAUCGGGCCCCGCCGCCACCACAGCCACAUCGCCGUACCACCGCACCUCCAACUCAAACACCUCCGACACCGGCCUCCCGCUCAAACGCUCGCGAUCGUCGCAACCCACCUACCCAGGCCGCUACCCAUCGCUACAAUCCGACUGCAGCCACCAUUCCACAACCACGCACCGUCAAACGUUCGGCAACAGGGCUCCAUACCGCUGCAUUCCGAGAAAAGAUGGCAAAUCGGCUUAUGGAUGAGGCCAUUAGAGCGCUGGAGCAGCUGAAAGUGGCACUAGCCGUCUAGCGCGCCUAGGCGGGGCAGGAUGUUCAAGUGAGUGACUAGCGCACGCACACCGCAUUAACCAUUUGUAUUUAUUGAAUUAUCUAGACUUGAAAUAUUUCUACGAAUUGUAACUUUGAACUCAUAAAAAUUAACUCGCACCGUGAAAACCCCCAUCAGCCAACCGGGUAGUUGGCAACGCGUGCGCUACUCGCUCACUUGAACUAUCACCAGCUGUCAAAACAAUAUAAAUGUACAUAUAUAUCUAUCUCGUGGACGGAUCAGAAAAUUUGUUUUCGCUUAAGAAUUUUGUAGUUUUUCAUUGUUCUACUUGCCCUCGGCAUAUUCGGUCCGCCCGCAAAUUUGUAGUAGCAAAAUUGACUAACGUGAAUUAAAUACAAAGCUUUUUUAAAUCGAAAUUAGUUCGGUGUUUUAUUUCGCUGAGCCAACCCCAACUUUAUACAACUCGCGUUGAAACGGUCGCGCGAGUAAUAGUGCCCUAUCAGUGCCACCGCGUUCCAGCCGCUGUCGGUUGCGUGUCCCCGUGCUCCAUCCAUAGCGUCCUUGGUGCAGAACGUCCGCCAGUGCCGUACAGCCGCCAACUACACGCCAACGUCGUUCAGCCAUCUCCAGACUGCCUUCAGCGCCGUCCAGGAAAAUCAACCCAUCGCUCCCGGGUGGUCACACCACCUAGCCAGCAUCCCCCACAGAGUCGCCGUUCCGCC